AUGCCCCUGAGAGUUGCGCAUGAAAAGUCGCGUCACGGUUGCACUCGCUGUAAGCAGCGCCGAGUCAAGUGCAAUGAGCUCGCUCCUUGUCAGAACUGCGUUCGGAGACACGAAGACUGCAGUCUCGUUCAAGACGGAUAUAUUCGACAGCCACCCAGAGCACAAUCUACUUCUCCGAGUUCCGUUAACUCAACCUUCUCCCCCCAUCCCACAACUGGGACAAGCCUCUUGGGCCAGCCUAAAGAGGCCAUAUGGGGCGAAGAUUUGUUCUUGAUGGCCCACUUCGUCUCAUCGACAGCUCGAACAAUAUCUCCCCGCCCUGAAAUCUCACAACUAUGGCAGACUGUCAUCCCCGAAGAAGCCAUUACUUGCCCAUUUCUGGUCCAUGGCAUGCUUGCCUUUUCAGCUAUGCACUUGGCUAGCCUACGGCCUUCGCAGCGAGAACAUUACGAGCAGUGUUGCCGACGGCACCAGAACGAAGCCAUCCCUGAGUAUCGACGCGCCAUCCAGAACAUCAAGGUGGAAAUGAGCGGCCAAGUAUUCGCAAUGGCCUCUCUGCUUAUCCUUCUUGGCCUGGCUUCAGUCUCGGAUAAUGCUCUCUCCAAGGAAAAUGGCUCCUCUGAAAACAAACCAACAGUCGCCGAUAUUGUAUCAAUAUUCACUGCGGUUAAGGGCCUGGACGCUAUUCUGAAACACGGAACAAUCACACGCCAUGACAUUAUCAAUAGCCGCCAUAGGGUCGUUUUGACCGGUCACACAAUCGUGGAUGCCCAAACCUUCGACCUACCAGCUGAUAUCCAGCUGAGAUACCAGGAACUAACGACGGAAUGCCUGGACAGUACAGGCGAUGAGUCAGCUCAGAAAGCAUGUAUCGAGGCCAUUGACUUACUACGAGGUAUUCACCGCGAGCUUCUAUUUCUAGUUUCUAGGCCUGGCUAUAACGCGGAUAUUGAUCUUGCGCCAGGGUACCUUGUAAAAUGGUUCGCAUCGGUUAGUCCAGAAUUCAUCACCAUGCUGCGACGGGAGGAGAGCGCAGCGCUUAUUAUACUGAGCGAUUUCUUUUCGCUUCUGGGCUUAAUAGAGAACAGAUGGUAUUUGAAAAAUGCUGCAUCAAACGCUCUGAGUGCGAUUCAACUGGUUAUAGAUGCUCGAGGACUGCACUGGCUAGAGAGUAAUAGAAAUAAGAAAUAA